AUGAAGGGAUUAGAAGACCAAUUGUUAAGUGUUAUUGUGAAAUCAGAACGAUGUGAGUUGGAGGAACAAAGGGAAUCUUUAAUUAGAGAGACAAGUCAAAAUAAAAAACUUCUCAAAGAUUUAGAAGACAGUCUUCUACGUGAAUUGGCUACAAGUACAGGCAAUAUGCUGGAUAAUGUUGAAUUGGUCGAUACACUGGAAGAAACUAAAUUAAAAGCAAAAGAAGUUACUGAAAAGUUAGAAUUAGGCGCUAAAACUGCAAUCGAUAUUGAUAUCCUACGUGAUGGUUAUCGUCCAGCUGCUAAACGUGGCGCUAUCCUAUUCUUUGUUUUAUCCGAUAUGUCAUCAGUGAAUUCAAUGUAUCAAUACUCGCUGACUGCAUAUCUCGACGUCUUUCAAAUUUCUUUACAUAAAAGUAUGCCUGAUGUUGUAUUACAGAAACGUCUUAAAAAUAUUAUUAAUAAACUUACAUAUAAUGUGUAUACAUAUGGAUGUACAGGUAUAUUUGAAAAGCAUAAACUUUUAUUCAGUUUUCAAAUCACUAGUAAAUUAGAAUUGAAUAAAGGCAAUGUAAGCGCAGGACAAAUGGAUUUCUUUAUUAAAGGUAAUAUAUCUAUAGAGAAAGCAAAACUUACUAAUCCACUACCUGAUUGGUUACCUGAUUCCAGUUGGAAAGAUCUUUGUCAAUUGAUUGAACUAUUUCCAGAACAAUUUGCAUCAUUAUCUGAUGAUUUAGUGAAAAUGAAUAAACAAUGGAAGAGUUGGUAUGAAUCUGAUACUCCUGAAAGUACAACAAUACCAGGAAGUUAUGAAGAAAAAUUGGAUAGAUUUCAACGUCUCUGCUUAUUACGUUGUUUUCGAGUGGAUAGAAUCUAUCGUGCUAUUACACUGUAUAUAGCUGAUAUCAUGGGUGAAGACUUUGUCAGUCCACCAAUAUUAAGUUUUACAACAAUUUAUGAACAAAGCACAUCAAGAUCUCCUAUCGUUUUCAUUCUCAGUCCAGGUUCAGAUCCAACAGCUGAUUUAAUGAAAUUUGCUGAAAGACAAAAUUUCGAUUUCAGUCGAAUUAAAUUCCUCUCUAUGGGUCAAGGUCAAGAGAAGAAUGCUGAAAGUCUCCUUGAAUUGUCAAUUUCUCGAGGGCAUUGGUUAAUGUUACAAAAUUGUCAUUUAUUAGUUAAAUGGUUACAAGUGUUGGAAAAAUAUUUAGAAAAAUUAACAAAACCUCAUCCAGAUUUUCGUUUAUGGUUAACAACAGAACCGUGUGAUUCAUUCCCGAUUGGUAUUUUACAACGUUCACUAAAAGUGGUCACUGAACCACCAAAUGGUUUAAAAUUAAAUUUACGCGCCACUUAUCAUAAAAUAGCACCAUCCGCUAUGACUGAAUGUACGCAUACAGCAUUUCCUUCACUAGUUUAUACACUGGCAUUCUUUCAUGCUGUUGUACAAGAACGUAGAAAAUAUGGUAAAAUUGGUUGGAAUAUCGGGUAUGAUUUUAAUGAAUCUGAUUUUCGUGUUUGUAUGCAAAUAUUAGUCACAUAUUUACAAAAGGCUGUAGACGAAAAUGAAGUGAAAAUUCCAUGGAAUAGUUUAAAAUAUUUAAUUGGUGAAGUAAUGUAUGGUGGACGAGCUAUAGAUGAAUUCGACAGACGUAUUCUACGCACUUAUAUGGAUGAAUAUUUUGGUGAUUUUAUUUUCGAUACAUUUCAACCGUUUUAUUUUUAUGCUAAUGACAAUUUCCAGUAUGCUAUACCGAGUGGAACUACACGUGAUGAAUUUAGUCGUUAUAUCGAGUCCCUUCCUUUAACAAAUACUCCUGAAGUGUUUGGUCUUCAUUCCAAUGCAGAAAUAGGAUAUUAUACAAAUGCAACUAAAGAGAUUUGGAGUCAUCUACUUGAAUUACAACCACAAACAAGUAGUCAAACAAAUUCAACGAAUAGAGAAGAAUUUCUUAGUCAGAUAACUGAUGGUUUACUAGGCAGCCUUCCACAAGUAUUUGAUAGAGAAGCUUUAAAAAAGAAAUACGGUGUUAAUAUACAACCAAUUACAGUUGUACUAUUACAGGAACUUGAAAGAUUUAACUUACUCAUUAAAAGAAUGGAUCAAUCUCUCAGAACAUUGAAACGAGCAUUAAAUGGAGAAGUUGGUAUGUCAGCUGAACUUGAUAAUUUGUCACGAUCUCUUUACAAUGGUCAACUGCCAAAUAUCUGGCAGAGAUUAGCUCCAGCGACUAAAAAGUCUCUAGCCAAUUGGAUGAUUCACUUUCAUGAUCGUCAUAAGCAAUAUACUACUUGGAUUGAAAAUGGAGAUCCAGGUGUUAUUUGGUUGUCGGGUUUGCAUAUCCCUGAAUCAUUUUUAAUGGCUUUAACACAAACAACAUGCCGUCGUAAUGGUUGGCCGUUAGAUAAAAGUGCACUGUUUACAACCGUAACACAAUAUACCGAUUCAUCUGAAGUCCAAGAACGUGCACAUCAAGGAUGUUUUGUUCAAGGACUUUAUUUAGAAGGAGCAAGUUGGGAUUUAACAAAAGGUUGUUUAAAACGUCAAAAAUCAAGACAAUUAGUUCAGCCUUUGCCUAUACUUCGUAUCAGUGCUAUUGAAGCGCAUCGUUUAAAAUUACAAAAUACAUUUUGUACCCCGGUGUAUGUAACUUCAGACAGGCGAAAUGCAAUGGGAGUUGGAUUAGUUUUUGAAGCUUAUCUUAAAACUGAAGUACACUCAAGUCAUUGGGUAUUGCAAGGUGUAUGUCUUACUUUGAAUACGGAUUAGUGAUGAACGUAUCUUUCUAAUGAUAUAUAAUUUUCAAUCGAACUUUCACUUUUUGCAAGUAUUUUCAACUUUAUUUUUACAAAACUAAUUUCUACUGGUAUUUGAAAUAUAUAUAUACAUAGAAUUGAAAUGAUACUUACUUAUCUUUGUAUUACUUCCAGUAAUUUCAACAUACAUUUGAUCAAAUUUCGCCACUUUAGAUAAAAGGCAAUACAGUAACAAUAACACUAACCAGCAAGGUAUUAACCUUCAGUGUUUUAGUGAAUUAUUUAUGCAUGAGGUAUUUGGUGAGGCUCCUCGCUGUUUAGUACACUGCUGUGUUGCCCUCUUCUACUUGUUCGUUAUUCUUACCUGGAUAAGUUUUUUUGACGGAGUAUAUAACAAAAUAAGGUAGUGGUAAAGAAUGGACACCUUAGUCGAAUGACC